UGGCGGCUCCGAGUCUCAGACGCCAGAAUGGAAACGCUCCUCGGUGCGCUCACUGGCACACCUCCCUCCUCCUCUCCUCCUCCUCCUUCUCCUCCUCCGCCUCCACCUCAUCAUCAUCAUCCUCAUCAUCACCUUCAUCAUCAUCUUCUUCUUCUUAAUUGCGCAUCGGCACUCCGGCAGCAGCACACCGGGAGUCACGAGCCCCGCCUGACACGUCUGUGAGGAUGCUGAAGAGUUUCCUGAGGAGCACACUGAUGGAGUGAACUUUCACCAUGUCCCCUCAGCGUUCGGGCUCGGUUCUUGUCGGAGUGUGGAGUAUGUUCCUGGGAGACUUCCAGCUGGGCUGAUGCUGAAAACAAACCAUGACAGAGGUGAUGCUGUCCGCGUGAACACGCUCCAAACUUGCAGUCCACACGAACCGGAAUAACCGGACUCUGCUUCCCGCCGCUGACAGGCUGCUGACAAUGACCAAAGACAACCAUAAAACAAUGUAAUAAAAACAUCUCCUGCACAUCUUCAUCGAGUUACUGUGGACAGAGAGAGUGCGUCAGAGCGCCGUUACGCAUGGAGACAGCUCGAGGCUGAGCGGAUCUGUGAGCCUCAUCUUUGUUUUUAGGAUCUGAACUCUGACACAAGAGGGAACCGAGUGCUUCUACUCCUCCUCAGACGGAAAAUGAGUAGCUGGCUCCUCAGACUAGCACUCUUCGUGGCUUGCGUCCUCUCCAUCCGCUGCACCGCUGCGCCCGGGACCGAGGCGGAGGCGCACACGGCGUCCAAGGAUACCUGCGCGUCGUGCGGCGUGGCACAGCCGGAGGACCCCGAGUCGGGCCGGCUGAACGUGGACUUCCUGGAGGCGGUGAAGAGGCACAUCCUGAGCAGGCUACAGAUGCGGGAGAGGCCCAACAUCACGCACCCGGUCUCGAGGGCGGCCAUGGUGACGGCGCUGCGGAAGCUCCACGCCGGGAAGGUGCGUGAGGAUGGGAGGGUGGAGAUCCCCAACCUGGACGGACACCCGAUGAGCAACGAGGUGCUGGAGGAGAGCUCGGAGAUCAUCAGCUUUGCGGAGAAAGAUGACGUGGUGACGUCCAAGUCCAGCCUGUUCUUCCUGAUCUCCAACGAGGGCAACCAGAAUCUGUACGUGACACAGGCCACCCUCUGGCUCUACUUCAAGCUGCUGCCGUCUCCUCUGGAGGUGCGCCCGAGGCGGAAGGUGACGGUGAAGGUGUACUACCAGGAGCCCGGCCUCGGCAGCAAGUGGAACCUGGUGGAGAAACGGGUGGAGCUGAAGCGCAGCGGCUGGCACACCUUCAUGCUGACCGACGCUGUCCGGUUGGUGUUUGAGAAGGGCGACCGGCGCCAGAACCUAGACGUACGUUGCGAGGGCUGCGAGGCGGAGGGCGUCAUGCCUAUCCUGCUCAACCACAACGACGAGUCCCACCGGCCCUUCCUGGUGGUGCAGGCGCGGCAGGCCGACAACAAACACCGGAUCCGCAAGAGGGGGCUGGAGUGCGACGGCAGCCACAGCCUGUGCUGCCGCCAACAGUUCUACAUAGACUUCCGGCUCAUUGGCUGGAACGACUGGAUCAUCGCACCGUCAGGCUACUUUGGGAACUAUUGCGAGGGGAACUGUCCGGCCUACAUGGCAGGCGGCCCCGGUUUGGCCUCGUCCUUCCACACAGCGGUGGUGAACCAGUACCGCAUGCGGGGGAUGAGCCCAGGCUCUAUGAACUCCUGCUGCAUUCCCACCAAGCUUAGCACCAUGUCCAUGCUCUACUUUGACGACGAGUACAACAUCGUCAAGCGGGACGUUCCCAACAUGAUCGUGGAGGAGUGUGGCUGUGCUUGAGUAUGUUUUAUUCUUGUUAAUUUAAGGUGGAACUGAAGAACUGUAAACAGAUUCACAAUAUUACAACAAAAAAUGAAUAUAGAAACAGAAUAUUUAUGGACGAUGGAGAAAACAUGCGCACACACAACCUCAUCCACACAUAUCUACACACCCUCAUGUAUGCCUGCACAAAAACUUGUAUAUAUAUUUAUGUUUGUUGAUAUAUUUGUUAUAUUCUCUGGUGGAAGACUGUAUCUGUCUACAAACGAUUCAGUCUCCUUCAAAGGGACGUGAAGAGUUCUCUUCCAAAUCUUUAAAUAUCCACUUUAGUGUCUUCAUCAUCUCUGAGAUCGUGAGGAUCUGGUUUGCUAAAGUGUUUCCGACUUAUGUAACCUAGUAGCCUUUACGAAGCAGCAUCAUUGUUAGAGUAGGUACCACUUGUUUAGAAGUUUUGGAAUUAAACUCUUCAUGUGUAGAACAUAAACCCAACCUUGAACGUAAGAAGAAGAGGUGGCGUGGGAGCCUUACGCGAGUCACAACGAAGGUUGGGGUGCCUCUUUCAAGAGCAGUGCGUGCAGACACAUGGGACGAGCACUGAAAAUGUUAAUACACCAGUCCAACUUCACCAACGUACAGCACUUCUUCUGGCCAGGCGUCACAUGAACACAUGAACAACAAAGUUUCUGUUACACCGUCACCACAAAAUAAUAAAGGUCACACCUGAGAUCUAAGGUACAUCAUAACUGUUUGGAGCUUUGUUUCCACGUUGGUGUGCAUGUAUCUUCAUUGUUGAGGAAGCACUGUAGCCUCGUCAAGGUUGAGGGUCACCAUCCGAACGUUUCCUACAAAUUUCUAAAUCACUUGUUUCUUUCGCUUGAAACUUCUCAUGCAUCAACUUUGAACCACUAAACAGUCUGAUUUUGAUCUUAGACUCUCAACUUUAGGUUUUCAAAGAGUGUGAACCGACCUUCCCAAGUCUAAUCAUCUCGUGACCUGUUUCAGAGGUUUCAGUUUGAUGAAACCAAACUUCCACCCUUCCUCGUUGGUCUUUGUUUCAUUAAAGUUAAAAUAUUCUUUAAUUUUCAAGCACUACACCAUCUUUCACAGAAGAAAUACUGUAAUGGAGUAUUAGGACCCCACAUUUAUCUGUCUUUGUUUGGAUACUGCAGCAAGUAAAACCUCCCUUCACCUUAAUUCAGCUUCUCCUCGAAGGGGACCGUUUGAUUCCUUCCAGAUAUUCAACGUAUCUCAUUUCAGUCAGUAAAAAAGUGAAAAGUUGCCAUAUUGGUGCAGCUUGGCACUCCCCGACACACACUUUGAUAGCACUUGCAGAUUGAAAUGCCUUUAACGAGCCCGAUGUGGCGCACCAUUGUCCACAGUCCUUCUAAAGAAAAUAAGUGCCGCAUGAGCUAUGCAAUGUAUAGUAUUUACCCGUAUAUACCAGACAAGCUGAACUUAAGCUCUUCUCACAAACUAUCACCAAUACUUGAAAUGUAAGUGUGGCAAGCAGGGGCAGGUUGGACUUUGGUUAGGAGGCAGGAGGAGGUUAUGUCUGAUUAAAAAUGUGUUUCUGGUGGUAGAUGGUGAACUGCAACAGAAAGACUUAAUCUAACUCCAAAGUUCAAGUUUUGACAACCAUUAAAACAGUUUCCAAAAAGUCCUUCUAGUCUUUCUGAACAUAUUUCUUGUAAAUUAGUUGCAUAUAAACUUAAUUUUUAGGAGACAGCAUUGGAAGAUAUAGAGUAAAUUUGAUUCAUUUCUAAACUCUGAAAUUCUUCGAAACAAAGACGGCAGUUGGAAGUGACACUUUUCUUUGCCCCUCUUGUAGCAGCAUAACAAAAAUUCAUUGUAGAGCAAUGGUUUCCAUCCGGAGGAACAUUUUUUACUAUAGAGCCCUUUAUUGAAAUUUGCUGGACUGGCUUUAAAAGGCAGAGAUGGAAUAAUCAAGUGUUGGCUGAACUGAUGACAACUUGUAGAGAGAUCGUUACGUAUAUUUCAUAUACAUGUUUAAUUGAGAACUGGUCGUGAACCGUUAUCACACAGUAUAUAAAAUUUCAUUUGGUUGCUGUACAAGACAAUCAAAGUGAUGUGUCGCUUUCGGUUGCCGUUUUUCUUCGGAGCAGAGUCGCGUCUCGUGUAACAUGUUCGAAAUCUUCCUCGUCUGGUUUUUCAAAGAUUAGUUUUCCUCCCUUCAUCAGCUCAAACCUCUGAAAUAUUUAAAAAAAGAGGCUAACUGGGGCUAACUUUGACCCAAAUGUGAUGCAUGAACAGUGAUUUUGGUGUCUAAAUGAAUGCGUCCCUGUGGAGUUCCCAUCAUGGCCCGUUCGGCACCGAAACACACUUUGAGACACAGUUUCAGUCACUUUGACAUCACUUUGAUAUUUUCAGGUUAAACGUUUGAGCGACCUGUUAUUUCACGAGUCCGUUACAUUGUGCUCUCAUUUACGUGCUUCACCGGCUACCAGCUACACAUUUAAGUUCAGGUACCGCUUAUUAUCUCCUCGCCUCUUCCCGCCUUCUGCCCGACGUUUCACCUCGACUUUGCCUGCCACUGUAAUCUUUCGCUUGUUCUUCAAAGCGGACGGUUGUUAGAAUAUUUGCACUGAGGAGCUGCGUGACUAGUAAUAAGUAAAAAAAAAAUGAAAUACAUAGAAACUGCCAUUGAAAAAAAAAGAAGUUAUUUUUAUAGAAGCAUAAUUGAGCUCAGUUCAAAUGUAUUAUACCUAAUCAUGGAACCAAAGAGGCCAAGAGGUUUAGCUGUUAAAGAUGGCAAUGCCGUCGUGUUGUUGUUGCUGUAAAUGACUUUGUGACAGUAAAGAGGCCUAAACACUGUAUCAGGGUAUAAUAUCAGUCCAUAAUCAGCUUAAUCUCUUUUCUAUUUUGUACCUAGACAUGGAAUAUUUCAUAUUUUUUCAUCAAAUUACUUAAAUAUUCCUAGUUUUCUUUCUUCUUUUUGUUAGUUCUCGUUACAGAAUCAUUUAGAGUUAAAGCACACGCCAUCUGAUCCCUGUACAGUUGAUGUAACAUAUGAAUAUGCUUUUGAAAUAUUUUGUUCUUUGUAAUUGUUGAAAAAUAAAUUUCUUAUUACCACUUGUA